AUGGCGGAGCAACAGCAGCUAGGGCCCACACAGAUAUCGGUAAAAGACAUCCCGCGCCUGCCAGUGGAGCAGGUCCGGCAGAUCCGCGAGCAGGUGGAGGGCGAGGUGAAGAUGCUCGCUGACUCCCUCGCCUCCCUGCGCGCCGCCCUUGCCCGCAUCGAUGCCUCGCGCGCCGCUGUUGAGGCCAUGGCGAAACAGCAGGAAGGUGCGAGCAUGCUGGUGCCUCUCACUGGAUCCAUGUACAUCGCUGGCACCGUCGCUGAACCCUCCCAUGUGCUCAUUGAUGUUGGCGCCGGCUACUAUAUCGAGAAGUCAGUGGAGGAGGCGAUGGGGUACUGCAUGCGCAAGGCAGAGCUCCUUAGAGCCAACCACGAUAAGUUCAGCGAGGUGGCGCGCGCCAAGCGACAGCUGCUGGAGGAGGUGACGAUGGUGCUGCAGGCAAAGGUGAGGGCAGCCGUGCAGCAGCAGGGCGGGGGAGCACCAGGUGCUGCUGCAGCGGGGGCAGCACAGGCAGGCAGGAUACAGGCAGCUGCCUCGUGA